UCUUGCUUCAAGGUAAUGCUCAGGGAUGCCUACAUAGAUAAGUACUAAGUACACAUGAAUGGAGGUACCAAGAUACCUACUCAGAGAACUUAGUCAUCACAUGCCAGUUGGAACUCAAAUUAAGGUUAGUUCAAUUCUGAGCAUACAUGUGCAUCAUAGUAGCUUUCUCGCCGUUUUCAGAGCCGAACUUUACCGAUCUCUUCAUCACCUAGGUAGGCAAUUCGGUAGCAUGAGGCUUCCAGCGGAUAAAACAUGUAAUUACAACACUGGAAACGAUUCCUUCUCGGGUCCUUAAAGCCUUCUUACGCAUGGAUACCUGGUUCAUGCCAUCGAAACUCGACUAUCUUUUUAUUUGCGUUCUUGAAAUUCUCUUGUCAAAGUUCGAUAUCAUGAUGAACCUCGAGUCGCGUACAUGAGCCGAUGUGAUUACAAUGGUCCAAGACAAUAGGGAACAAGGAAUGCCGGAUAGUAAGGGUAAGGGCAUCGCGACUCACCAGAGUAAUUUGUCGCCUUCGUCCACCAGUCAGGAUGGUUGUUCGGGUUCCGCGCAAGUUGGCGCGCACAAAAGUUCAAUUAUGUCGCGGCUAAGCGCAUCUGCGAGCAAACUAGCCGAGGAUAUGAUCAUCCGGUACCCUAACGGUGCCCAGGUAGCCGACGUCUUGCCCUCAGGUAAAGCUGAAUCGUCUGGAACUGUUGAGGCCGGAAGAAUGCAGGAGGCGCUAUCUUACAAGAGCCGCACUGAUCCAGCAACAUCCGGUGGCAUGUUCAAGUCCACACGGUCACAGGAACAGCUCACCUCGGAUGAGUCAAAUUUCUCUUCAUUCUUAGACGGAACAACUAUGCCAGAGAUGAUGGAAGCCGGUAAUAUCGAAAAACAUACCCGUGAGCAAGGCUACGGCCCCGUGUCAAAGCAGAUUCCUCAAAAUCCGGCCAUCCUGUCGACGGAUGGCAUAGACGUGGUCAACCUUCUCGACUCGGGAUACGACGAGGUUGAUGAAGCAGUCACACCAUUACCAGACGAUGAAAAAAUAGCAUUGCGGUACCAUCUUUUCGACGAUAGUGGCAAUUCGAGGCGUUUUCCUUCCCAGAGAGGACGCUGGGAAGAUACUUUGAAUUUCUUCCCGGACUUCAAAGCGGAUAGUAACAGCUCACAGGAACUUGCCGACUUGCUUGGUACUCCCGAUCCAGGAGAAGCCAGGCAUGUCUGGAUUAGCCAAUGGCAAUGCGUUCUUUCGAGUUAUACGGAUGAAGUUUGGGGAGAUCUCAGUCCUUUGGUAAACGUGGCUCGAGAAGAACUUGAUAGUCUUUCGGGGCCCUUCGAAGAUUUACCUUCGAAACCGAAAGCACUGCGUAGGCUUCAGCAGAUUCUAAAGCAUGUUCGUGGCAUGUGAAGUGGGAAAAGGGAAACGGAAAAAUGUACAUGACCAAGAAUCAAGAAGGAUGAUAGGAAGGGAAGUGUAUAAGAUCCCAUAGUUUUUUAGGUAUCUAACCUGCGUCGCCAUAUCCACGUGUAAUUAUAUGCUGCUUUUAUAUAUG